AUGUGGCUUAAGCCGUCGGAUGAUUUGAAAGCCAACAGAGAAGCUAAGGGUAUUUUUGAUAAGUUGGUGGCCGACCAAUUUAUUCAGACGGUACGGGAUGAGGCGUUGCGUCUGAAACUCAUCGAAAAGGAGGAGUGCUCACUACGAGAGUUAGCAAGGUUUGCAGAUACAUACGUCCUUGAACGAAGACUGGUUCGCGACGAUGCAGAGAGAAAAGGUGGAAAGCCCAACGAGGGUAAACCCAAGCAGGAGUCGCCUGGAAAUACCGAUUCUAAGGUUGUCAAAACGGACAAACCUAAGUGGAACAACUCGUCUGGUCAGAGUAAUAGUGGUGCUAAAUUUUCAGACGCGUGUUAUAAAUGUGGCCAGCUUGGUCACAAAAAGCGUGAUUGUCCGCAGAGAAAAUCUGGGUCAGGUUCUUCUGAUUCUAAGUCGAGUCCAGUUCAAUUUGUUAAGCAUGCUGAGUCUGGUUUGAAUGUGUUUGCGCCGGAAUUUGUUCCGAUUCAGAAGUCAUUUCUGAUUGACAGCGAAGGGCCAUUGUUGAACAUUUCAUUAAAUGGGCAUAAAACUGUUGGAUUGGCUGAUUCUGGCUCGGCUGUUACGUUGAUACGUGAGGAUCUGGUCAUCCAUUUGGAACUAGGCGGUGUAAGGGACUGUAACAGGAAGUUGUCGUGGUUUGAAGGGUCUGAGAUAACAGCAAAAGGGUGUGUUAUGGUAGAGAUUGAAUGUUGUGGAGCCAAACGUGUAGUUGAGUGUGUGGUGAUGGAGACAUUACCGACCCCAGUACUCCUUGGUCGCGAUUUCAUCUCUGCUAUUGGUUUGACACUGGAUUUCAAAACAAACAGUUAUUGGUUGGAGGGGACAAACCCGACAAUCAAGUGGCCUAUCUUGGGCUUGAAGCAGCCUGAACCUGUACCUGCACAAUCGCCAGAACCUGAACUUACUGAGGAGGAAACACCCGCUGGUGUUGAUCCCCCUCUUGCAGAAAUUAGUGCUAGUGAGAGGACUGAGUUUGAAAGCCUUCUAUCACAAUAUGAAGAUGUUCUAACUGAGACCCCAGGUCGUACUAAUGUCAUGGAACAUGUUAUUGAACUUUAUGAUUACACUCCGAUUGCUCAGAGACCUUAUAAACUAUCACCUGCCAAACGCGUCAGUUGCAAACAGGCGCUGGCGGAGAUUCAUGCGAUGGACAUAAUUGAGGAGGCCCAGUCCCCCUGGAGGACUCCUAUUGUGAUGGUGCCGAAACCAGGUCAAAAUAAGUAUCGUAUCUGUCAAGACUUUCGUUUACUGAAUCGUCGUACAAAGAUUGACGCUUAUCCGAUGGUCAACUUGGACCAACUUUUAUCUUCAUUGCAUGGCGGAAAGAUUUUUUCAACGCUAGACAUGAAAUCCGGGUUUUACCAAAUUCCUCUUCGGAAAAAAGAUCGUGACUUUACGUCUUUUUCUGAUGGCCAAAAGCUUUAUCGGUAUAAGGUCAUGCCCAUGGGUGUGGUAAAUGGGCCGGCAUCGUUUAGUCGGUUGAUGGAGAAAGUUCUCCAUGGGUACAUCGGAAAAUUUUGUUUUGUAUAUCAAGAUGACAUUGUUAUAUAUUCCAAAACUGUCGCGGACCAUUUAAGACAUUUGAAAAUGAUCUUUCAACGGUUGCGUGAGGCGGGACUUACUGUCAACCCGCAGAAGAGUAAACUGAUGCGCACAUCGGUGCAUUUUCUCGGACAUGGUAUUUCGGAGGCUGGAAUUGCAGUGAGCCAGGACAAAGUUUCAGCAAUUAAUGACUUUGCUGUGCCGCGAAACAGAAAAGAAUUGAAAAGGUUUAUGGGUAUGGUAGGUUGGGUGAGUAAGUAUAUUUCUCACCUGGCUACUAAGAUUGAACCGCUUAACUGUUUGCGCCGUGACAACGUUGUUUGGGAAUGGACCGCAGAGACUCAGUUAGCGUUCGAUCAGAUCAAGAAAGACUUGUGUUCUGCUCCCGUGUUGGCUCACCCUGAUCUUAACGGUGAAUUUGAAGUCCAUACAGAUGCUAGUGGUGUUGGUCUUGGCGCCGCGUUACUCCAACGUCAGGAGGGUAAACUUCGAGUAAUCGCUUAUGCUAGCAGGACUCUCUCUAUGGCCGAACGCAGGUAUAGCACAAGUGAACGGGAAAUCCUUGGAGUUGUGUUGGCAUUAGAAAAGUGGAGAAAUGUGGUUGAAGGAAAAACUGGGACAGUGGUAGUUACAGAUCAUCAGGCCUUGACUUGGCUCUUUUCAUCUAAGAAAGAGCUCAGUGGACGGUUAUUUCGCUGGGUACUACGCAUUCAGGACUUCAUAUUUGAGGUACAAUAUCGUCCUGGAAAGGUGAAUAUCAUUCCUGACACAUUGUCCAGGGACGGACGUUUUGACCCUGUUCUUAUGGUUGGAGUUAUACCAGCAGUUGUGGCCGAUGAUACGGGUGAUGACAAGUGCGCAUUGCCAGGAUGUACUGGUGCUGUUUCUGACUCUGUUGAUUGGGUACAAUGCGACCGUUGUGACCGUUGGUUCCACGAUAGCUGUGUUGGGAUUACCCCAGAUACAGCACAGACACUUGAUGAGUACAUUUGCCCUAUGUGUGACAAAUCUCGUGGCUGGAGUACUUUCCAGUAUGACAAUGGGGACUCUAUUCAGAUUAGUUUAGUUGAAUUAGUUUCUGCGCAGGAGACUGAUGAGAAUACUAAGUGGUAUGUUAAAAUGUUAAGAGACCAAUUGCCAAUAACUGAGGUUCCAGUUAAUGUUCGGAAACAUGUGAGCGCAACUGCUGACAAUUUUGUGUGGGACAAGGCCCUAUAUCAUUACGGCAGGGACAGACCAAUGCGAAAGUUGGUGAUCCCGGAAAGCUUACGGAAACGAGUGAUAUUUCAGUGUCACACAGAUCCGACUGCGGGUCAUGGAGAAUUUUUUCCUUUACGUCGAGCAACCGGACAGACAAUUUCUACAAUCCUCGUAAGAGAACUCUUCAGUCGUUAUGGACCCCCAGAAAAACUCUUAACGGACAAUGGAUCGCAGUUUACUUCAAAAUUCCUGAAGGCUGUGUGUCAGCAUUGGGGUGUAGAACUCAUUCACACCACUACCUAUCACCCCCAGGGAAAUUUCGUUGAACGCGUUAAUCGAGAUUUGAAAGCUAUGCUCGCUUCUUAUGUCUCGGGUAAGGACCACCAGUCCUGGGAUACACAUUUAGCGGAAUUCCGGUUAGCUGUGAAUACAGCUGUUAAUCGCACUAUCGGCUGUAGUCCGUCUGAACUCAUGCUCGCGCGAGAACUCAGGAACCCUCUUGCAAAUGCCUUGGUUCGACCCCAGGAUCAACAAACGCAAUACCGAUACGAGGAAAAAUGUGAAAAUGCGAGGAGACUACAUGAGGACGCUGCGAACAUUCGGGCUAAGGGAUACAACAAACGCAGAAGGGAGUCUGACAUUAAGGUUGAUGAUCAAGUCUUUGUGAAGACGCACUACUUGUCUGAUUCUAAAAAGGGCUUUACUGCGAAGUUAGCGCCGCGAUAUGAGGGCCCUUACAGGGUUGUGCGUGUGGUGAAUCCAGUGAAUGUGCAGAUAGAGGUUGGUGAUAAGAUUGUCACCAAAAAUGUAAGCCAAUUGAAGCUGUGGUAA